UCUGGCGCUUCCUUCUUUUCUUCAACACAUCAUCCAUCCUGUCUUUUCAUCACGACAGCCAAAACGAAGCUACUUCUUUCCCGCGCGUGUAACAAAACAUAACCUUCAUUUCUGUUCUAUUGUUUUCUUUUCUGUAUUGACUUAAUACACCUUCACACACACAAAUCACAAUGCUCGCGUCAAGACUUUCGAGGGCUCUUCCCAGGGCAACCCCGAGGGCAACGGGCUUCGUCAGGGCCAAGCCGUUCACUCCUGCUUUUGCCAGGUACGAGUCGACCGAUGAGAAGGUCAAGGGCGCCGUGAUCGGUAUCGAUCUCGGAACCACAAACUCUGCUGUCGCCAUCAUGGAGGGCAAGACCCCCAAGAUCAUCGAGAACUCAGAAGGUGCUCGCACCACCCCUUCAGUCGUUGCCUUCUCGGCAGAUGGUGAGAGGUUAGUUGGUGUUGCCGCCAAGCGUCAGGCUGUCGUCAACCCCGAAAACACUCUCUUCGCCACCAAGCGUCUCAUCGGUCGCAAGUUCAAGGACGCCGAGGUCCAGCGUGACAUCAAGGAGGUCCCAUACAAGAUCGUCCAGCACACCAACGGCGAUGCCUGGGUUGAGGCUCGUGGCCAGAAAUACUCGCCAUCCCAGAUUGGUGGUUUCGUGCUGGGCAAGAUGAAGGAGACUGCCGAGGCCUACCUCAGCAAAAACGUCAAGAAUGCCGUUGUCACCGUUCCCGCCUACUUCAACGACUCUCAGCGUCAAGCCACCAAGGAUGCCGGUCAGAUUGCUGGUCUUAACGUCCUCCGUGUCGUGAACGAGCCUACUGCUGCCGCCCUUGCCUACGGUCUGGAGAAGGAGGCCGACCGUGUCGUCGCCGUAUACGAUCUUGGUGGUGGUACCUUUGAUAUCUCCGUUCUGGAGAUCCAGAACGGCGUUUUCGAGGUCAAGUCCACCAACGGUGACACCCACCUCGGUGGUGAGGAUUUCGACAUUCACCUUGUCCGCCACAUCACUUCUGAGUUCAAGAAGGAGUCUGGUCUUGACCUGUCUGGCGACCGCAUGGCUGUCCAGCGUAUCCGUGAGGCUGCUGAGAAGGCCAAGAUCGAGCUUUCUUCGUCGCUCUCGACUGACAUCAAUCUGCCCUUCAUUACUGCCGAUGCUUCUGGACCCAAGCACAUCAACAUGAAGAUGACUCGUGCCCAGCUCGAGAAGAUGAUGGACCCUCUUAUCACUCGCACCAUUGAGCCUGUCCGCAAGGCCCUGAAGGAUGCUGGUCUGCAGGCCAAGGACAUCCAGGAGGUCAUCCUGGUUGGUGGUAUGACCCGUAUGCCCAAGGUCGCCGAGUCCGUAAAGGGAAUUUUCGGUCGCGACCCCGCUAAGUCGGUCAACCCUGAUGAGGCUGUCGCCAUGGGUGCUGCUGUCCAGGGCGCCGUUCUCUCCGGUGAGGUCAAGGACCUCCUUCUGCUUGAUGUCACUCCUCUGUCGCUCGGUAUCGAGACCCUGGGUGGUGUCUUCACUCGCCUGAUCAACCGCAACACCACCAUCCCCACCAAGAAGUCACAGGUCUUCUCUACCGCCGCUGAUUUCCAGACUGCCGUCGAGAUCAAGGUCUUCCAGGGUGAGCGUGAGCUCGUCAAGGACAACAAGCUCCUUGGCAACUUCCAGCUGGUCGGCAUCCCCCCUGCCCACCGCGGCGUUCCCCAGAUCGAGGUUACCUUCGACAUUGACGCCGACUCUAUCGUCCACGUCCAUGCCAAGGACAAGUCGACCAACAAGGACCAAUCCAUCACCAUUGCUUCGGGAUCCGGUCUGUCUGACAACGAGAUCCAGCAGAUGGUUGAGGACUCGGAGAAGUACGCUGAGCAGGACAAGGAGCGCAAGUCCACCAUUGAGGCUGCCAACAAGGCUGACAGUGUCCUGAACGAUACUGAGAAGGCCCUCAACGACCACUCUGACAAGCUUGACAAGGCAGAGGUUGACACUCUCCGUGAGAAGAUCGCCUCCCUGCGUGAGUUUGUAUCCCAGAACCAGUCUGGCGAGGGUACCGCUACUGCUGCUGAGCUCAAGGAGAAGACCGACGAGCUCCAGAACGCCAGCUUGAACCUCUUUGACAAGAUGCACAAGGCCCGUGAGGCCGAUGCCAACAAGACUGAGGAGCCUGCUCAGGGCGAGAAGAAAGACGAGACCAAGCCUUAAGUGGCCACGACCUUGUCAUGAUUCAAAAAAAAAUUAUCUCACAACCCCCCUUUAUCAUGAGACCGCCCUGAUACCCACCUCUUCUGAUUUCUAUUGUCGUGUUUGAGUAAGGAAGGAGCGUUUGUACACAUUUACUUAGAUCACAUUUCCUUUUUGUCUGUACUUAUUCCUGUACUCAUACUUGUUUUCGCGUUUAGCGGGCUGGCGGGCGGUUCAACCAGUCAUUGCUGGCGUACCUGUUGCAAAAUUUACGUCUAAUUAAUCAGGCGCGGGUGGCGGCGUUUUUCGAGAACCAAAAAUCUUGAUAUAAACUUGACAUCGCUGGGAUUUUCUCGCACAAAAAAGGGAUUGCCUUUUGGCUGUGGCGCCCUGGAGGGAGAGGCCAGGUUACACGCUGGCUGCUUACAUGUAUAUAUGCACUGAGCAACUUCAUCUGGGGAUGAGGAGAUCAAAAGAACAUUCCCCACUCAACGCUUUGCUAUUCGAGUUGCUUUGAUCGAGCCUUGAGGAAACAUUCGUAUUGGCGUGUUGGCUCAUACAUGAACAUGAUAUGAGAUCAAAUAAUCGAUCAAAUACUUGGGAUACGUUUGUACUUGUCCACCUUCAC